UGGAAGCGGAUGAUUUAGUUCCACCACCAGUGCCGGUCAGACCUGGCUCAGUUGUUGAUAGUGAAACAAAUGAAAUAUAUGAUAUACCACCAAAUCAUGAGAUCUAUGAUGUACCUCCCUCUGCGAUACACAGUGACAACGCUAUACGAGAUGAAGAUACUUACGAUAUACCCCCAUCUCAUCGUGCAGAUAUAUCACAGUCAGGCAUACUUGAUGACAAUGUUUACGAUGUACCUCCAUCAUCAAUUCGUAACGAGAGUUCUUACGAUAUUCCCCUGUCAUCCAUACGAAAUGAGAAUGCUAUUGAUGUACCCCAAUCAUCUAUACGUAAUGAGAGUUCUUACGAUAUUCCCCCAUCGAAUCAGUUUGCAAAUAAUUUUAGAGAACGUUCUUCAUCAACAGAUGAACUAGCCCAUAAGUUCACCGAAAUCUCAAUGAAAAAUCAGUCUGCUUCACGCAGUGAUGGUAGCAAUGUUCUAAACGACUUUGACCAGCAUGUGCCUCCUCGGCCUCCUCAAAGAGUUGACAAAGUAGAUGAUGAAUAUGUUUAUUUAGCGGAGGAAACCUAUAUAAAAACAUCUUCCAUGGGUGCAUACGACUUUGUGCCAGCGCCACGCCCAGCACAGAUGGAUAUUACAAAUGUUCCAAUAAUUCCUCCUCCGAGGCCGCCCAAACCAUCACAGACUGACAAUGGGCAUAGUCCAAAGAUUCCAAGCACGCCGCCACCAAGCUUUGAUGACCGAGUCUUUCUUAAUGACAGUACUGUGAAUCAUACAUUGCAUGACAGAGAACUAGCAAACAAGCUUGAUAUUUUAAAAAAACAUGAUGGAGCGUCAACUGAUAGUAGCAAUGAAGAGGACGACUACGAUGUACCUCCCAGUAAUAAACCUGCAAAUUACCUGGACACAUUAAUACCCUUACAACACCCGGGCAACGACUAUUCAAACAUAAGUCAUGAACGGCCGGGUUAUGUCGAUAUGACUGGUGGAUGCAACCCUCAUAUCACAGAUACGUACGUACCUGCCGGUAAUGCAGAAGUGUUGCCCAUGGACACUACGUGCACAUAUACCCCAAUGGCUGGAAUUAGACAUCCUACUCCUCCGCCUGCGGCGCAGCUACCAAUGGACAGGAGACCCCAAACCAUGAUAGUUCCCCCUCCCAUCAAUAGAGACAACAAGCCUGGUAGAAAGUCAAUGGGGGAUGUCAUGACGAAGUCUAUCCCACCACCACUCACCUUGAUUGGUACAGGAAGUUACUAUGCGUCAAAGGACGGCAUGUUUAUACAGUCGCCUAGAACCAGGAGUUUCAGGAAAGCAGAGCUUUUACCGCUUCCUGAUAACGCUAAAGAUGGAGACGAACGCUGUGACACUUUGGAGAGCAGUAGCAGUUCAUCUGAUGGCGAUGGCGCUUUAAAAGAUGGCAAUUACAUUCAGCUACCAAUGCCAGCUGAUCAUCAGUCGCUAGAGUUAUAUGUCACGCAUGAUCCAUCGCGAACUCAAAUUUAUGAGAAUUCCAGGGAACUACAGCGACAAGCACCUCCUCCGCCACCAGGUGCACCGAGCAGGAAAAGUAAGAAAGAACCACCAAAGAAAACCAGUGAGGUUCAGUAUAUUGAUCUUGCGUUAGACGAGCCCAGUGACCCUCAGCCGCCUCCAAGACCCAGAGUGCCAGCCUCGCCGGAAACAGAAUACACUGUUUUAGAUUUGGAGAAAACUCAAGGCCUCCAAGCAGCACUAGCACAACGGACAGAGGAGCUCAACAAAUCAUAGAUUUCAACCUUUUCACCACCAGAUACCUUGCCCAAAUUUAUUAGCAAUUUCUUCUUUUAUAUUCUUCAAUAUGUUUGGAGCCAACUGACAAAAUUUGAGUAAAUUUUCAGUUUUUACUAAAAAAAAUUGGCUAUUUUUGUCCCAAUCUUCUGAAGGAAAGUGCAG